GGUGUUACCACUUUGUAUAAACAGCAAUAACCACCGACAUACAUCCAAAUAUAACCCAAUUGUAGAAACGAUUUUUUCUGUUAGUUGAUUCGGAAAACGAAGAAUGGAUCCAUCCUUGAUCAAAGUUGUGAAUCAACUUCAAGAAGCCUUUUCCACAGUUGGCGUUCAGAACUUGAUCGAUCUACCGCAGAUUACUGUGGUUGGCUCGCAGUCAAGUGGAAAGUCUUCAGUACUGGAAAACAUCGUUGGUAGAGACUUUCUUCCUCGUGGUACAGGAAUUGUAACUAGACGUCCAUUGGUUUUACAGUUAAUAAAUAGACCUAGUUCCGAGACUUCCAAAGGUGAAGAUGCUAAUAACUCAUUGAAUGAAGGGGCCAAUGAAAACAAUAGUAGUGAAUGGGGUGAAUUUCUCCAUCUUCCCGGUCAAAAGAUUUACAACUUUGAAAGAAUAAGAGACGAAAUAGUUCGAGAAACAGAAGAAAAGACUGGUAAAAAUGUAGGAAUUUCUUCCGUUCCUAUCUAUUUACGCAUAUAUUCUCCUCAUGUCUUGACAUUGACUUUGGUAGAUCUUCCAGGACUUACAAAAGUACCUGUUGGUGACCAGCCUAGGGACAUUGAAAAGCAAAUACGUGAAAUGGUGUUGAAAUACAUGUCCAAGAACAAUGCUAUUAUUUUAGCCGUUAACGCUGCUAAUACCGAUCUUGCUAAUUCAGAUGGCUUAAAACUGGCCAGAGAGGUUGAUCCUGAAGGAUUACGUACUAUCGGUGUCUUGACAAAGGUUGAUUUGAUGGACAAGGGUACUGAUGUUGUUGAUAUUCUUGCUGGGCGCGUAAUUCCUUUGCGUUUAGGCUAUGUACCAGUGAUUAAUCGUGGUCAAAAAGAUAUCGAGGGUAAAAAAUCCAUUCGUUUGGCUUUGGAUGCGGAAAGAGAGUUCUUUGAAAGCCAUCCUUCUUAUAGUACGAAAGCUCAAUACUGCGGUACUCCUUUCCUUGCUCGAAAAUUAAAUAUGAUUUUGAUGCAUCAUAUUCGAAAUACUCUUCCUGAAAUAAAAGUUCGUAUCAACGCUGCUUUAGCAAAAUACCAAGCUGAACUGCAAUCACUGGGCGAUUCUUUAGUUGGUGACAGUUCUAGCAUCGUUUUAAAUCUUAUAACAGACUUUUGCAAUGAGUUCCGCACGGUACUCGAUGGUAACAGUGAGGAUUUGUCUAUUACCGAAUUAUCUGGUGGUGCACGUAUAGCUUUUGUUUUCCAUGAGAUCUACUCAAAUGGUAUACAAGCGGUGGAUCCAUUUGAUGAAGUUAAAGAUACAGAUAUCCGUACAAUUCUUUACAAUUCAUCUGGUCCUUCUCCUAGUCUAUUUAUGGGAACACAAGCUUUUGAGUUAAUUGUGAAACAACAAAUUAAGCGCUUAGAAGAUCCCUCACAGAAAUGUGUUUCACUUAUAUUCGACGAGUUGGUUCGAAUCCUUAAUCAUCUUCUCCAAAAGCCUGUAUUUAAGCGUUUCCCUCAGUUGAAAGACGAAUUUUUUAAAGUUGGUAUGGGUUUCUUCAAAAAGUGCAUGAAACCAACUGCAACUUUAGUAAGCGAUUUGGUUGCUAUGGAAGGUUCUUAUAUAAAUACAGUACAUCCUGACUUCUUAUCUGGACAUCAAGCAAUGGCGAUUGUACAAAGCCAAAGCAAUAAACCCAUUCCAGUUGACCCUAAGACCGGAAAACCUUUGACGAAUAAUCCUGUGCCAACUGUGGAGACGCCACCUAGUGGUGCCAGCAGUUUCUUUGGAAGCUUUUUUGGCUCGAAGAACAAGAAAAGACUUGCCGCAAUGGAACCUCCACCACCUGUUCUUCGUGCUUCCACCACUUUAUCAGAGCGUGAAAAGACUGAUACUGAAGUUAUAAAAUUAUUAAUUACUUCUUAUUUUAAUAUCGUGAAGAGAACUCUGGCUGAUAUGGUUCCUAAGUCUGUCUCAUUGAAGAUGAUUCGCUACUCAAAGGAGCAUAUCCAACACGAACUACUUGAGCAGAUUUAUAAAAAUAACAGUUAUGAGAAGCUUUUGGAAGAAAGUGACAUUACUGUUCAACGUCGCAAAGAAUGCGAACAUAUGGUUGAAUCUCUAUUGCAAGCCAGUGAAAUUGUUUCCAGUACUUAAUGAUAUCACGAAAAAAAGAUACCGUUUUAUGUACCAUUUUUAUGUGUCAUGUUGUUUUUAUCCAUAAUGCUUUUCUAUGAGACCUGAUGAACAUGACUUAUGAUGCUUACUUUGCUUUUUUAUUUACCUGAAUUGGUAGACACAUCAUCGUUGAUUUUUAUACGAAAACAUACAUAGAUAUGAUGUUAAUGCAAAAUUGCAAUAGUUGACUUUUAGUAUGUGUUUAAGAAGAAGGAGAGUGAGUGUAAAGAUUAGAUAUAGCUUAAAACUUUGCAGAAGGUGUG